AUGAGACCAACGUCAAAAGCUAUCAAGUGGAAUACAUACGCUUUGCCUUUUAGUCCGGGAAUUUGGGUCUCCAUCGGUUGGUUGUUGAUAGCAACAAGUGGAAUAAUAAUUGCUAUAAAAGCAAUUGCAAUGACAAUGUCUGUCAAGUCUUUAGACAGCGAAAGAAUACCUAAUUCGGAAUGGGCCCCCAUGAAAAUCAUCCAUGUGGUGGUCCACAUGACAGCCACUGUCAUAUUGGCAGCAUAUUCGGCUUAUCUUAUCAGUUUCCUCGCUGUCAAAAGUGUCACCAUGCCUUUCACUACAAUGGAGGGACUUUUAAAGGACGGGACUUACAAAUUCCUCGCUGUCAAUAAUACUGAAGAUUUUUUCAUGUUCAAGGUCACCAGCAACCCGGUUUUGAAAUUGUUGGGAAAGAAAGCAAUGGUUUCGCCGGACAAAUUGCCAAAAAGUCAUUUAGAUGGACUUCGACAAGUCUGUAACAACGAGAAACUUGCUGUGAUAGUUUCAGACGGUGCAUACCGUUUCUUAAGGAACUAUAUUAAUUGUUCUUUGGAGCCGUUGGAUCCCAUUAAGGAAGUGACAAUCGCCUUAAUAGUCAGCAAGAAUAACCAAUUCAAGGAGAUCAUUAACAACAAGUUAAAUCAUCCAUUAAACACUGAAAAAGAUCCAGUUAAUGUUAUCAGAUGCGCCUGA